GACUGUUUGUUAGAAGUCAAUGUAUUCACUGUGAAAUAUUUGUCUUAUGUUUGCCUAAAAGGUGGCCUUUCCUUCUCCUCUCUAAGCUGUUCGCCCUCCAUUUCAAUCCCCCCAAUUUUUAAUCUUGAUCAGAAUCAGGGAAUCAGAUACAAAUAUUUUGAUUGCCAUUGCGUUUCGUGACAGUUGCUCCAUUUGAGAGUUAAAUAAAUGUACAUUUAAAAAAUGUGUAUAUUUAUAAAAGCAAUAAAAAGAUGAAACAGAAUUAAUAUAUCAAUAGAAACAUUAGAAAUUAAUUAUUGCUCUACAAUCUAUUUCCGUAAUUUCCGGACUAUAAGCCGCUACUUUUUUCCCACGCUUUGAACCUCGCGGCUUAUACAAUGACGUGGCUAAUUUAUGGAUUUUUCCCGCUUUCACAAGCUUCAUGCCGCCAAAAUGGGAUUUUGAAAAAAAAUUGAGCACCGUCACGUAAUGCGACGUAAAUCGAGCGUGCUCAAACUUCCCAUCAUUCUGAUUAUGGUAGUCAUUUUGUCACCCUCAUCAUGGCAAAAACACGGAGAAAUGCAUAUGAUGCAGCUUUCAAGUUGAAGCGAAUCAUCAGUCACGCUGAAAACAACUGGGCAUGAAAAAACGCACUUCACCUGUGUUCUGAGCUGCACGGCAUCGGGAGAAAAGCUUCCACCGAUGUUGAUUUUUAAACGCAUGACGAUGCCAAAAGAAAAAUUCGCGAGAGGAAUUGUUGUGAAAGUCAACAAGAAAGGAUGGGUGACGGAAGGCCUAAUGCAUGAAUGGCAUACGGAGUGUUACGGCAAGCGACCGGGAGGAUUCUUUCACAAGAACAAGGCUUUGCUCGUGUUGGACAGCAUGAGGGCCCACAUAACAGAUUCUGUGAAAGAAGCCAUCAAGAGGACAAACUCAAUUCCAGCUGUGAUUCCUGGGGGCACAACAAAGUAUUUGCAGCCACUCGACAUCAGUAUAAAUCUAGCAUUUAAGGUGGCGCUCCGUGUUCAGUGGGAGGCUUGGAUGACAAGUGGGGAGAAAUCCUUCACUAAAACGGGCCGCAUGCGAAGAGCAACUUAUGGUCAAGUCUGCCAGUGGGUCCUGACAGCGUGGAGCAUUUUCAAAAAAUCCACUAUCAACGGGUUUCGAAAGGCUGGACUGCUGCGUGUUGAAGAGGGCAGCAUGAGCUCAGCGGGGAAUUUGCCUCCGGAUGAAAGUGAAGAGAGCGACAAUGAGGACGAUCCAACAUCGGAUGAAGCAAUUCUGAGGCUAUUCAACUCCGACACCGAAGGAGAUGACUUCAGUGGUUUCAGUGCACAUGAGGAGGAAGAUAAUGACCAAUGACUUUCUUGCCUCGGUGGAGAGAAACAUGAAAGUCCCAGUUAGCAGCAUCGAUGUUGGAGGACGGCAUGAAAAGAGGGAAGAGGAUCUAAAGGAAGACGUUCUGGAUGCAGAUGUGGAGGAGAUAAAAGAUCGAGUGCUUCAAAGGUCAUCGUCUCCUGAACUGGAACUAGCCACCCCCCCCUCUGAAGACAGAGUGGACUGUCCCAUCUGUCAGAGCUCCUUCCCGCUGACGAAGAUCGAGAGGCACGCUGCGUACUGCAACGGAGAGGUGGCCGAGGGAAAGCCUGAAAAAGACUGUUUCCAAGUGUCAUUGAAGCCUCGUAGGAAGAGAACAAGGUUAGCAGAGGGGAGUUCUGCGAAGACCGGAGAACCCUCAAACACUGGCAAGUUCAUCAAAGAGAAAUGUUACAUCUGUCAGAAAGCUGUUCCCCUGAGGGACUACAGCCGACACACAGAGCUCUGCAUCCAGAGGCAAUCGUCAAAUCAUCAAUCGAAUGCAGCAAAGGGAAAUCUUCUGUCGGCCCUGGAGCAAACGGAAUGCAGAGAUUCAGAGGCCGUGCCGUCUGGAUCCAAACCCCCACAGAGCGAAGUCAUAGACCUGCGGGAUGAUGAUGAAGUGGAAGAGGACAGUGUUUCAGUGCUCAGGAUCAGUAACUCUCCUAUCAGAUCCUUCACUCCCAUCUCAGAGGCCACCGGCUGCCUUAUCGACUUCAGAAAACAGCAUCGAGGGAAGAUGCCGCGACAAAAACGAAAAUGAGGGUGACCUGCUGACUGAAAAACAACUGGAAACCAGAGCCUUAAUUUAAAACCCCAUCAGGUUGGAUGUGGAUUACGUGAUUAAAACUUCCUGAUGUCACAUAUUUAUGCAGGUAAACAAGUACAAACUGAGCAUUUGGAUGACUGAUUGUGAUUAUUUUUGUGCCACUAAAUGUUAUGUUUUUUUAAUGUUAAAGGUGAUUCAGACUACCUCUUUGAAUUAAAAUAUUUCCCUUUGAGUUUUUUGGUAUGUAUGACCUAACAGUAUGAUUUUAGACUACAUCACAGUGUCCAAACCUUCUGAGUGUUAAUCAGAUUUCCAAAAACAUCAUUUUACUGGCCUAAUCUGCUGAUAUUUUCUCUGAAACUAAAUAAUUGUUUGUAGCCAUGUGAGGCCACCAUCUGUCUUUUGUUACACCAAUUUUGUCAAAAUAUCUCAACAACUAUUUGAUGGACUGCCAUUAAACUUUGUAAAUGUUUUUCACAAGAUCAAUUCUACUAUUGAUGAUCUUCUGAAGCUAUCUCUAGCGCCACCUGCAGGUCAAACACUGAAGUGUAUGACAACAUUCAAAAUGUUAGCAUGCUUGCUGUCUUGGGCCCUGUUAAAUGCUAAUGUUAGCAUGUAAAUGUACUAAAUUGUAAUCAUGCUAAUAAUACAUUUGAAAAAUUAGCAUGUUGCUCCAAAAUAAUUCACAAAAAUUUGAUUUGGAUAUUUACCUGCUGACUACACAAAAGCUAACAGUAAGCUAAUGCAACAUUAUAAUGUUUUACCCCGACUUCAGAUCUUUAAUUCACAUUUGAUGGAUUGAUGGAGAACACUUCCCUGCAGAGAUUUGCAGCCUGAAAACAGCGUUUUCUGCCAUACGCACAUGACAAAGAGCAGAAAAGUAGUUGCCAACCUAUUGUCUGUCAACUUAAAUCAUGUUUUACUUUUGAGUUGAUGAGGUGGAGGCAGAUUUGUAGAGUUGUUGUAGGUUAAUUAUAUCUACAACUUUUGGUGUUGCCUUAAUUAAUCCCUGUUAAUUAAGGUAACACAAAAUUGCAGUUCAGGCUAUUUCUCAGGUUGUUAGCAGGCAGUUGUUAGAUCUGAACAUCUCUCAACAUGUUAAGAGCUCUGCUCGGUGUCUGAAAUGUCCUAAAAUGGCCACCGUAUUGAAGUUUAUUUAAGUUACAGCAUGACCUUCUUUCUGCCAAGAUCCUAAGGACAAAAAACAGGGAAAGAGCAUUCCUGACAGCAAUUCUUUGACAAACAUGUUUCUGUCUGUUGAGUGCCCACAUCUUAAUGGAUCAGAGAAUGCAACUGUUUAAAUCCUUUGUCUUGUCAAAUGUUGAGAUCUGUUAACACAUUGAUUGGGAUUCAACCGUACUAACGCCACCUGCUCUCGCUAAGAUUUAAACAUGCAGUCCUGGUGGUUUACAUAAUAUUACAUUGUUUCUUUUCAGGAAUCAACCUCCAUCUGUGGUAAUCCAAUCCGCAUCUCAAAAAUGUUGCCACUGUCUCGUUAAAAUGUUUUGUUUGGAUCAGAGCAGUUUGCUUCAAUAUGUACCAUUUUUAUCACACAAAAUAUUUCCUGCAGAGUCGAUGGAGAUAUCAUUUUUCUUGUUUUUUUGUGUCUUUGACUAAAUGCUCUGAGUAUCGGCGCUGAAUACUGUAACAGCACUUUAGAGUUAAACUUGUAAGUUGUUGUAAGUAAACUCAAUGAAACACACUGAACACAGGUUGGUUCAUUGUGGAGAUAAUACAAGAGAUGCUUCAUGAGCAUUUUGUCUCAGAUUUUCACUCAGUGGGCCGAUGUUGCAUUUUACUUGCAUUUCCUGUGAAGCAAUGCAGUCUAUUUGUAAGACUGUCGCAAUGUUAGGUUGCACCAACUGUGCCGAAGUUUAGGAGGAUAAACGAUAUCAACUUUAAAUAACGGAUUGAAAGCCGUUUAUCCUCUGAAUGAAAAACGGUGUCCCACACGCACUUCCAGAAAUAUAAAAGAGUUACAAACGUGAUUUUUGUCACCUUUAAUGCAUUAAACUGUUGCUCUUUUCCAACUAUUAA